AUGUACGACGAAAACGAGGACUUCGCUCCUGAAGACUUGGCCUGGGUCGCGGCCGACGUCGCAAAGAACGAGGAAGAAGAGAUGAAUCGCGCUCUUCAGGCGAGCCGAGCUACAAUGGGAGAUGGAGUGCCACCUCGUCCUACGAGCGCUAGGGCCGCCAGUCAGCCCGAGGACGAAGACGAGGAGACCCUUCUUGCGCUUUCCGUCAGCCGGGUAGUGACAGAAGAGGCGGACCGGAAACGCAAUGCUGACGCAGAGGCGGACCACCAACGCCUUCUCGAGGCUCAAAGGCAGUCUGAGCGUGAAGCACAGGCUGUCCAUCAGGAACGCGAGGAUACUCUUGCUGCGCUUUCCAUCAGCCAGGUAGAGGCCGAACAGGCGGAUCAGAAACGCAAUGCUGACGCAGAGGCGGACCAACAACGACUUCUCGAAGCUCAAAAGCAGUCGGAGCUUGAGGCCCUAGCUGCCGAUCAGCAACGCAAUGCUACCCGAAAAGCUGAACUACAGUCUCUAAAGGAUGAGCGUGCUCGGGCUCAAGCUGCACGAUUACGCCAAGAGAUCUUUGAUCAAGCCAUCGUCGAGAGCAAGGUGGCAGCCGAGACUGAGCAGCGGCAACAUGAACAAGAGUUUGCGUGCCUUCAGGAGGCAUACGCUGUGCGUGGCCUGAGCGAGGACGAGCAGCUGCAGAUGGCUUUAAGACAAAGUCAAGAUGAAGAACAUUCUCGGGAAGUUGCACAGGUCGGGCAACUUCGAGAGGAUAUGCUGCGCUGGGUGAGCGAGCAAGAACAAAACUCUGGACCACCAGGCGAGCCAUCGGCUACCCAGCGUUCAGAAGACCGUCCAGUUUUGGGGGCCAUGGCGUCAUAUCCUCCAGGUCCGGUCACUGAGCAGCAACAAAGGAGCGUGGCCGAUGCUCAGGAGUUCAUUGACAACCCGAAUGGAACCAAUGUGUCUACGCGAAGCGAAUCGUUCCCUGGCGCAUAUCCGCCAUCGUCGCAAGCAAGUGGUGUACCGAGUCGGCUGAAUACGGUAUCGUCCGGAGGGACAUUCUUCACAGCCCAGGAAACGCAGGCACCUCAGCGCGUUUCAACACCACAGGUCACUCUCUCCGAUCUCUGGAAUCAUCGGGACCGAGAUAUUUCUCAGCGGGAAGGACCAGACCACCGUCCGUUCACACCCGUUUCGUCAUCUCCACGUUCAAGCGAAGCCUCAUCUGCUAUUCGACCGCCGUCGUCUCGCACGUCUCAGGGAAGUUUUACGCGUAAGCCUGUUGCAAGAUCUCAGCACGCUACUUCCGUUGCUGCUGAGCACCCACCGCCAGCCACUGCUGCCGAUGCUGUCAGUUCGUCUGACGUGAUCUCGUCUGGCUUGCGGCAGGACCCGGUGACAAACAUAUUCAACGCUCCGGUCAGCGUGACCAUCAAUAACUUUCCCGAAGCGCCCAAGCCCUCCCAGAAUCUACUAAAGCAAGUCUUUAAUAAGAGCAGGCAGACUAACAAGGGCAUUAAAGUUGUCGAGCAGAAAGGGCCAGGGUUUUACGUCAAGGGUAUAGCUGAAGCAGCACUAAAGAGUGGCACAACAUAUGUCAAUAAGAAGACAAGCUGGUUUCAGCCCAAAUCCUCUUCUACGGCUGAACAGUCUAUACUCAGGGAUUUUGAGGGAACAGGUCGAGCAUAUGUACCCCCAUUCGUGGACACGGGCAGCAUUGCUAGUCCUUUGCCUUCGAGACAGCCUUUGCACGUCGUGAACCCAAGUCCAUCGCGGUCGACUCCCACGAUCCCAGCGACGCCAAAGGUACCUGAGACCUCACAUCAAAUGAUGACAACAGGAAUUACACCUCGAAGGUCACCACGCUCCGACCUGAGCAUGGCUCAUACGAGAAGGCCGCUGCAAUCAGAAUUACCCGGACGACAGAGUGAUGAGCUCGCCACUCCUCGGCCGUCUACAUUUCAGCGGUCGGUGACGUCACCUCCGCUGGCAGCGAUGAUACAGUCGAGACCAAUAUCGCUGGAUCAGUCAACUGUGUCCCAGAUCUCCGACGUGAACGGUAAUGCCGUGACUCCGCCUAGCGUCUGUCAAUCGAGAGUGAGAAGCUCGAUGGACAACGAUAGUUUCAGGUGCGGUUCUGAACUCCGGCCUGAGCCCCUGAACGUGCGCAAGCAGCCUCCUCGUGUGCCACCAAAGCCUUUGGAGUUGGCGAGCCCUAUGACGCGCACGGAACCUCCUCCUCCGCCUCCUCCUGCGAGCCGCAACCCGAUGACGAGGCGUAUGCUCAGCGAACCAGAAGAAGGGUCUGGGUGGUUGCAUCAACCAGUGCAGUUCACAAUAUCAAAUCCGACGCAAGGGCCAACAAUAGGCUCACCGGAUUCCAUGACGGUGACACCCCCAACACCUCGGCGGAUCAACGUAGAUUUGAACCGGCGCAGUCAAUUUGGGCCUAUUGAUACGAGCCUGGCGAACGUGCCUCAUGGUGAACGUCGCAUCGACGAGUUCAGCUCGCGUUCAAUGAUGGAUCUAGGCAUGAUGGGCCAAGUAGGCAAUCCUGCGAUAAUGGAGACACUGCGUGGACAGUACGAGCAGACCUAUGCCCGUCCAUCGCACGUGCAGCAGGAAAGGCUGAACUCGGAUGCGAGGGCAAGGAAGAAGGAGAAGGAUACGCAGAAGGCUUUACGGAAGCAAUUUUGA